AUGUCGUCAAACGGUUCGUACAACCUUACCGUCGACGGUGAGCUUCGAUACGUCGUUCAGUGGUUCGGAGAGUGGAGUGAUUUCCAGCGGGAAGACUUCGUGCCGUACCUGGUAUCUUAUCUGUCCCAGCAAGUCGGUGGAGGUGCUGUGUACGUGAACGGUCUUAUCAGCGCAAUGGCACAGAUCAACCCCGGUCAGGACAAACCGAUGAGCUUGUUUCAGUGCAGGGUAAAGUUGUUCAACGAAUGGUGCAUCAAAUGGCCGGAAGAGUUCAAAGGAAAGCUUCUCGAACGUCUAGAGCAGAUUGAUAAUACAUUUGGCGCACGAAUACGUACAGAGCUGACGAAUGGCACGAAGCCGAUGAACGGUUGCAUGGAGGAAACAGGCACACAGCUGGCAGAUACUGAAUCACUGAGAACUUUGGACGAAGAAUCAGAGCCAACCGCUUUGAUCGUGAAUGUCGAAUCGGUUGUAGCAGCACCAAAUGCCAUUCUCGUUGCAGAUGAAGACUAG